AUGAAAACACAAAAUCAAAGCUCUGUGGUUGAAUUCAUCCUCUUGGGCUUCUCUGAUCCUCCUAAACUCCAAGAGCAGAUCUUUGGUGUUUUCUUGGUAAUUUAUUUGGUUACCCUGAUGGGAAAUGCCAUCAUCAUAGCUGCCAUCUUGCUGGACCAGACCCUCCACAUCCCCAUGUACCUGUUCCUGCAGAAUUUAUCUGUGGUGGAAGUGAGUUUCAGUGCAUCCAUCAUGCCUGAAAUGCUAGUGGUCUUGACCACGGACAGAACUACAAUUUCUUUUGUGGGUUGUUUUGCACAGAUGUAUUUCAUUCUUCUUUUUGGUGGGACUGAGUGUUUUCUCCUGGGGGCAAUGGCUUAUGACCGUUUUGCUGCCAUCUGCCAUCCUCUGACCUACCCCAUGAUUAUGAACAAAAGGGUGUUUGUGAAAUUAGUCAUGUUCUCAUGGGUCUCAGGGGUCAUGGUGGCUACUGUGCAGACCACAUGGGUAUUCAGUUUUCCCUUUUGUGGCCCCAAUGAAAUUAAUCAUAUAUCUUGUGAAACCCCAGCAGUGCUGGAACUAGUAUGUGCAGAUACCUUCUUGUUUGAAAUCUAUGCCUUCACAGGCACCAUUUUGAUUGUUUUGGUUCCUUUCUUUUUGAUACUCUUGUCUUACCUUCAAAUUUUCUUUUCCAUCCUGAAGAUGCCAUCAACAACUGGGAGGCAAAAGGCCUUUUCCACCUGUGCCUCUCAUGUCACAUUAGUCACCCUCUUCUAUGGCACAGCCAGUAUGACUUAUUUACAGCCCAGAUCCAGCUACUCAUCAGCAACCAAAAAAGUGAUGUCAUUGGUUUACACGUUGCUCACAUCCCUGCUGAAUCCACUAAUCUACAGCCUGCGAAACAAUGGGAUGAAAAUGGCUUUGGUGAAAUUAUGGCGGAGAGCGGUGGUUUUACAGUUUGACUUGUUGAGAAGUCACGACCAAGUCCGUAAACUCUCCAUUAUCUUGUUGCAUUACCAACCUUCACAUCCACACCCUCAUAUUCAGUUCCAUGACUUCUUCCUGUCCUUUUUGGUACAGGCUGACCAGAUCAUGCAGAACAUCACAGAAGAUGCAGUGGGCUCCAUUCUAGUCCCAUUGCCAUCAGGGACCUCUGACUUGAACAAGUGUGCCCUGCCCUGUGCCUUUUUCCCACCCACUGCCCCUUCCACCCACAGCAUCCUGUGA